AUGAAGCGUUAUCGCAUGGAUCAUCCAGCUGCCCUUCAUAGACUGAAAGUUGGGGUACCUGCCACUGUCGAACACUCCAGUGAAGCAGGGCCCGAGACUGGUAAAUGGAUAGCGAAGACUACGCAAGAUUUUAUUACCUUUAUGGAUGGCCUGAAACUACGAAUGCGGGCGAAAGAUCAGUUACAUCCACUUUUACAAGAGCUUGUGACUGGUUACGCUAGAUUUAAAGGAAGCAAAGAUUGGGAAGGGCGGAGUCGCAUGGUCUCCUGGUUAAUUACGCUGAACGGAAUGAAAGCUUCUGAAGUCUUGACAGAAGACCAGGCUCGUCAGUUGGCCUUUGACGUGGAUCAUGCAUAUGCAGAAUUCUUCCGCAGUUUAGGUGGAGAAAAAAGUGAUGUAUCAUAG